AUGAUGCAAAUCUCCGUGAAAACUCUCAUGAACAAUGAAUACACCCAUUUCGUGUCCCUGUGCCUGGUGGUGGCCCUGCUGAGGGGAAAUGCGUUGAAAAAAUACGUGUACCCCUUUGGGACCAGACUCCCUUCUAAGGGCCUGCCAACACGUUCUAUCAACCCAAACCACAACCGCCUAUUCACAAGCACCACCCACAACGAUCUACAACCGCCCACAAUCCGCUCGCUAUCCACACCACCACCAGCCACAACCCGCCCACCAUCCUCACCACCACCGCCCACAACCCGCCCACCAUCCACACCACCAACACCCACCAUCCUCAUCGCCACCACCCACAACCAGCCCACCAUCCUCAUCGCCACCUCCCACAACCCGCCCACCACCUUCACCAAACACCCACAACCCGCCCACCAUCCACACCACCGCCCACCAUCGUUUCCACCGCCCACCACCGCCCACCAUCCACACCACCGCCCACCAUCCACACCACCGCCCACCAUCCACACCACCGCCCACCAUCCACACCACCAAUCACCAUCCACACCACCGCCCACCAUCCACACCACCGCCCACCAUCCACACCACCGCCCACCAUCCACACCACCGCCCACCAUCCACACCACCAAUCACCAUCCACACCACCGCCCACCAUCCACACCACCAAUCACCAUCCACACCACCGCCCACCAUCCACACCACCGCACCACCACCCACACCACCGCCACCAUCCACACCACCAAUCACCAUCCACACCACCGCCCACCAUCCACACCACCAAUCACCAUCCACACCACCGCCCACCAUCCACACCACCGCCCACCAUCCACACCACCGCCCACCAUCCACACCACCAAUCACCAUCCACACCACCGCCCACCAUCCACACCACCGCCCACCAUCCACACCACCGCCCACCAACCUCCCGCCACCACAGCUCAUCGGUACCACCUGAGGUCGCUCCUGGUUAUAUCUUCCUCUCAGGCACGCAGCCACAUUUUUCCCUCAAAUCGGCCCCGAUGCUCACUGCAAGCAUAUUUUGCCAGUCCCGCUCUCAUCAUCUCGCUCCUCGCUGUGUCAACGCUGCAGUGCCCGCUCGUGGAGGCAGAUACAAACGCGUCACAGUUUGCGGCAGUGAUGGAGCUCUCACUUGGCAGACCUCAAGGGCCAUAUGCGGCAUUCCCUAAUGAUUUUGGCUACAAUUAA